AUGGACGCCGCAGACCAUGCUGCCCCUGGCUAUAAUAAUGGGAAUCGCGCAUUCCUUCAAUCCUUUAUGGCUCGUGGGACCCUGACUCUGAGGGAAGCAAAGCCAUUACUGGCGGCUAUCUUCUCCCUCGAAUCCGACAGCCUUGUUGAGCCAGACGACGUCACGCAGGAAGAUCUCCACUCUUACAUUUCUGCAGCCGCAGAUGCAAUUUCUCCCUUCGACUAUGAAAUCCGAAGCACGCAACACCAGGUCACGAAAGAACGAAUAUGGGCAUUCGUAAACAGUGUUAGUGACCCCCUUACCCAGAUGGCCACGAUCCGAACAACAGAAGAAACAUUUUACAUCAAGCGGUUUCUCGACGCCAUGUUCAUAACCUACAAUACGCGGCGGAGGGAAGUUAUGGCAAUCAACAUCAUGCAAGCACUCGAGAUCAAGAUUCGGAAGGCAGGCAGAGAAAGCGCCGCGGAAGAGGGCACACAAUCACAAGCUCCUGAUAAGGGUCUCACAGCCGAACAAGCUGAAGCUCUAUUGAAGAGCCUCGCUGAGGAGGGUUGGAUUGCCAGGAGUAGAGAAAACUAUCUCACCCUUACACCUCGUGGUCUGAUGGAGUUACGGAGUUGGCUGGUUGAGACAUAUAACGAUAAUUCUGAAGGAAGUGAGGAGUGGCAACCGAUCAAGUUCUGUGAAGCAUGCAAGGAGAUAGUUACUAUUGGCCAGAGAUGUACGGAGGUGGAUUGCACUGUGCGCAUACAUGAUAUUUGCCAGGCUGGCUUUUGGGCGUCAAAGAAGGGAGUGAAGAAGUGUCCAAAAUGCGACACAGCUUGGGAUGGAAAGCACUAUGUUGGUCAGAAAGCUGUCACGACGACAGAAGAGUAUCUGAAAGGGAAGCGGAGGAGCGGUGUUAGUAAGAAGAGGCCUGCUGAGCCAUCCGAUAGUGAGGAGCAGGAGGAGGAUGAGCCAGAAACAAGUGCUAUGGGGAGCAGAAGGACAAGAACGAGACGCGAGGCUGCGACUCCCAGUGAUUCUGAUGAGGAUGAAUAG